AUCUCUCUCUCUCUCUCUCUCUCUCUCUCUGUGUAAAACCCUAAAUCGUCAUUUCUCCCAAUCUUCCCGACCAUAGAUCUUCCGCGAUGAAUCUUUCCAAUGAUCACCGAGCUCCGCAAUCCGCCGAUUCGGUCCCUCCGAAGACCACCGUGCUUGUCCAAUACAGCCGCCGGCGCCACCUCUCCGGCUGCCCGAAGCCCCAUCACCCGGCGAUAACUUCCGUCUUCUCCCGGAACAGGAACAAGCCAGUCUUGGUUCCCCGCCCCUCGAUCCCGAGGAAGACGAGAGAUCUCCCCAAUAUAUCGGAAUGCCAUGCAUGUGGGUUCAGGAUCGACCUGAGCAGCGGUAGGCACCGACUCCAAACCCUAUACAGCGAGUGGCGCAUUGUUUUGCUUUGUAGAAAGUGCAUUUCUCGGGUGGAGUCUUCGGCUAUUUGUUCAUACUGUUUCGCUGAGGUGUCUGAUGGUUUCCGGUGUCGUGAUUGUAAUAGGAUGAUCCAUAAGAGUUGUUUCAUGGAUUAUAAGAGCACUGCGCCUUGGUCCUAUUCGUGUUCUGGCUCAGAGUUCUCUGUUUGCGUUGAUUGCUGGGUCCCGAAAUCGCUGGUACAGAAUUGUACAUUGAGACGAAAGAGAAGUGCCGGGAAGAGCCGUGAGAUGGCUUGUGCAAUAACAUGUGAGAGGAUCAAAGAUUCGGGGGACAUUGCUAAACCACUUCAGAAUGUCGAGAAGGGUGCAAGUUCUGUGAGGGGCAGCAAGAAUGAGGACUGUGUAAGAUCCAGUGAUGAUACAGUGGUGAAGGAAAAUGUUCCCCUCCUGAGCAAUUCCCUUGGAGCCAAGAAAGAUGAAACAAAUCCGCGGGAGUGCAAUGAGACGGGUGCCAGUGAUAGAGUGGUUGAUGAUGCUGAAUUGGCCUUUCAAUUGCAUAGGUCUAUGAAUAGCUCGCCUAGAAUAUCAAAGAAGUUAUGCUUAGAUAAGAACAGAAUGAGUAUCAUGGUUUACAGGCGGAUAAAAAAACGCGUCGGCAACCAGUCUAUUGGGACAUCGGAGUCUGGAAAUGUGAGCAAUAGUGAGAGCAAUUCUAUAUUUCCUAUGACGUCACUCCUUGAUUCUUCAGUAAAUGUUCAUCUGGGUGAACCAGAUAGAGUGGUUGAUCGAGGGUCUAGUCAGGACGAUUGUGCUUGCAUUGUUAAGUGUGCUGGUGAAGAUGAAAAAUUGCACGUACCUAUGAAGGAGGGCAAGGGAAGUACGUCUGAUGGCACGGGAACUGAAUCUCAGUCCUGUUCAAAGCAUGAUGAAUCCAUGAAGCUGGUGGAUGUAGGAAAUGUUCAGAAGGAUGGUCGGUAUCUGGUAACAUAUUGCAAGAAGAGACUAAGUACCUCUCGCACUUCACAGAGAGUGACUGUAGGUCUGGGUUUCCUCUCCUCACAUCCCCCAACUGAGCAGGUGAAGCCUCAAAAUCAUUGUGGUAGCUGUGGAGUCCGUGCAGUGCUUUGACGAGAAAAGGAUGGCAGCAACCUACUGCAAGCGCAGCCAUGAUCUGAUCAAGAUCUCCGACGUCCCCAUUGAGCUCGUGGAGCUGGAGAUCCUCUCGUUCAAGGCGUAUGAGCCCAUUCUUCUCCUCGAGCGACAUCGUUUAGUCAGUGUCGACAUUAGGAUCCGCAACAAGGGAGGUGGGCACACGUUGCAGAUCCACACUAUCCGUCAGAGCAUUGCCAAGGCUCUGGUCGCCUUCUACGAGAAGUACGUUGACGAGUAGAGCAAGAAGGACAAGGACAUCUUGGUCAGGUAUGAUGGUACCCUGCUUGUUGCGGACCCAAGGAGAUGCGUGCCCCAGAAGUUCAGUGGUCACAGGGCUUGUGCGAGGUUCCAGAAGAGUUACUGUCGAAGGAAAAAGUGGAUGCAUAUUGGACAACAGUUGCCCCGUUUUGCUUUUUCAUUCCUGGUUUUGGUUUUUUAUUUUGGAGUUAAGGACGAGCAUAUGGAUUCUAGAACUUUGCUGCCAUUCUUGAGAUAUAAAGAAGCUUAUUAACAGGCCAUAUACUUUGUUUGUUUGUUUUUUGCAGACUAACAUGGUUUAGUGUUAUAGUCUCAACUCGUUGUGCGACAUUAUGAAUUACUGCCUCAUGAAGUUUUUAAUAUAUUCAUACAUCUGUCGAUGCCCUC